AUGGAUCGUCAAGUCGAUGAUGAUUUUGCUAACCGUAAAGUUUUUAUUGACGACCUCAACCAUAUCAGACUUGUUAAUCCAGCAUUGCUAGAGUCAUCUAGCAGUCUUGUAAAAGAAGGAAAACAGUUUAUUGGGCAAUUUGAUAAUUUUAUUAAAACGGUCCGUGAUGUUCGAGAGGCUAUGGAGAAGAUUGGGCGAAUCACGGAUGGAGAAAGGCUUCGUUUACUGACACUGCAGAAUCAGCUAGACAAAAGUGGAAAUAGUACCUCUUCAGAAGAAACUCAACAACUGCAGGUGAGUAGUUGGAGCUUUCCGGAAAUACAAUAUUAG